AUGUCGCUUCUAGACAUGCAGCAGCAGCGGCUGCUGCUACCGCUGCUGCUGCUGCUGCUGCUGGUGCCGCUUAAGGAGACUGCCGCUGUCCCUGCGGGAGGGUCAAUCUCGCCUGCUGCAGGCCGCCGCGGCCCAGCAGCAGGAGCAGCAACAACAGCUCCUGCUGCUGCAGCUCCGUUGCUUGACGUGGACAUUGCCCCUGCUGCUGUGCAAGCAUUGGUGCAGCAAGAGAGCAGCAGCAGCAACAGCAACAGCAGCACGGGGGCCCAGCUCGUGGCCUCUGUAGGCAGCAACAGCGCAACAACACAACAUGCUGUAUACUCUCUUAUGUAUGAGGAGCUAUACCAGAGGCUAAGGCGCCUGGAGCAGCAGCAGCUGCAGCAGCAGCCGCAGCACCUGCUGCAGCACGGUGAUGAUUCUGGUCCCUUUGCUGCCAUUAAGAAGUUGCGCACCGCCAUGGAUCGGCUGUCUUUGCUGCAGCAACAGCAGCAGCAGCAGCAACUGCAGCAGGAUGUUGGUGAUGCCGCUGUAGAGGGGUCGACAACUGACGCAUCGAACACUGCAGCAGAUCAGCAGCAGCAACAGCAGCAGCAACAGCAGCAGCAGCAGCAGCAGCAGCAAGGGGGUCUGGUAUUCUUGCGUCGAUAUUUGUCGGAUAAUGCAGCAAGCGAAGCUCUGAGAGCAGCGCAUGCACGUCUGGCUUCUGCUGCUGCUGCUGCUGAGGGGGAAGCAGCAGAAGGAGAAACAGCAGCAGCAGACACAUCUGAACAGUCGCACCACCACUUCCCUGGAGUACGGGAGGCUCGCGCUGCUGCUGCUGCUGCUGCUAGCAGGAGCGGCCGCAGCAGAAGGAACAGGCCAUGGGGCAGCAGCAGCAGCAAAGUUGCAGGUCUCCCCCCUCUGCAUAGGAGGAGAGAUGUAGAGGUAGUACUAGCACAAGCAGCAUUAAAUGCUUCCUUUGCUAAGGGACACCUAAGGAGACAGUCCCUUUUGCUGCAGGGUGGAGGAGACACUGCUGCUACUGGUUAUGUAUUAGCUGAUUCUUGUAUAGCUAUAGACUUUAGACAAGCUGUCAGACGAGCUGCUGCUGCUGAUGCUGCUGUUGCUGCUGCUGCUACUGCUGCUGCUGCUGCUUCGAAUGACAACGAUAGUGGUGAUGGUGCUGCUGGUACUGCAAAAGCAGCAGCAGCAGCAGCAGAAGGUGGGGAGUCAAGCGCUCGGACUGGAGACACAGCAGAAGCAGCAUCAGGAGCAGCAGAUGCUGCUGGUGCUGCUGCUGCGGCAGCAGCAAAGAAGGUAGAGGGAAGGUAUGAUGCUGAGGAGGUUAGCUGCACCUGUCCCUCUGGUUGGUUGCCUUGCUCAAGAGACGAGGCAUUAACUGUCUCCUAUGGAUGGAGACAGACACUACAGCGAGUAUGCAGAGAAGAGGAGCAGCAGCAACAACAACAACAACAAGAACAGGUGCAGCAGCAACAACAACAGCAACAGCAACAGCAGCAAGAGGAGCAGGACGGGCACCAGGAGCAGGAGCAGCAGCAGGACCAGCUCGUUAUACGGGCAUAUACUAAGGGACUAUACUCCUAUGAUUGUAAAGGAAAUCAAGUGUCUCCUCCUGCUGCUGCAGAAGGAGACACAGCUUGUGCUGCUGCUGCUCUUGUCUUAUGUAGGGAGGAAAAACCCCGGUCGGAGUGGUCAAGUUGUUCUGCUCCGUGUGGGUCUGGGGAGUCUUAUAGAUUCCGUCGUCCUUUAUUAACAAUAGAGGAGGAAGAAGAGAAAAAGGAGGAAGAAAAGGAGACACAAGAAGGAGAAAAGGGGACACAAGAUACGGAAGAAGAAGAGGAAGAAGAGGAGGAAGAAAAAGUGUCCCCUUUUUCUCCUCCUACUAGUUGUCUCCCUUAUCAUCUAGAAGAAAGGAGACACUGCGAGGCAGAUGUCCCCUGUCCCUCUCUUGUGCAUCCUGAGCCUUGUUUCUGGGCAUACGCAGAUUCUCGCGCGCCUCAGAGUGUGUACACAAAGGGUACAUGUCUCUGCACUUUAGAUGGGGAAGAGGGUGAGGAGGAUACAUCUCCUGCUGCUGGCAUUGCCACUUCCGCUGCUGCUGCUGCUGCUGCUGCUUUGGGUACGGAGACAACGGAGACACCUCUUGUUGCAUGCAGUGCAGCAGAAGCAGCAUACAGCUUCUCUCAAUGGAGACACCAAAUGAUGCAGUAUUGCUUCAAUGCCCUCAAGCUAGCAAACAAACCCCCUCAGAUGAUAAGAUACAGCAGCCGCUCAGGAACAACUCGUGUGGGUCUUGGGUCUCUUGGCUAUGUUGAUUGUUCAGGAGGUUGGGGUACUUUCGAGGCUGCCUCUAUGGCGAGCUUCUGCGGCAGGGGACAGCCAAUGCUCUGCAGACGCAGCAGCAGCACGAAGGCUGCUGUCCCUUUUGCUGUUGAUAACUACCAGCCUAUCGAAGUCUCCGCGCUGCAGCAAACAUUUUCUUUUGCAAGUGAACCUGUCCUCGAGGAGACAGAUGGCAUUGGCUAUCUCUGUCUUUGGGGGGUAUUAGGGGGUUCUGUUGCUGCUCUGCUGCUGCUUCUGUUGUAUCUACGCAAGCGGAAGCUAUCUGCCUUCUACAAGGAGAAAGUGUGUCCAGCAGCUGCUGCAGCAGCGGCAUCAGCAGCAGCUGCUGCAGAUGGCGCUGCAUCUGCUGUUACAGCUGCUGCCUACAGUCUCACAAAGAGGAGCACGUGGGAGGCCGCCGUACGAACCGCACGCAACCAAACACGCAAGGCGAUCGCUGCUGCUCCAGGGGUUACUGCUGCUACACCGAGGGCUGCUGCUACUGCACUAAGAACUGCUGCUUCUGGUGCAGCACAAGCUGCCGCUGCUGCGCCAGCGGCUGCUGUUGCUGCUGGGGAGUGGCUAUAUACAGCAGUGGAGAAGCUCGUAGCUCGCUUUUGGUUUGGUCAUGGUAGCGGCAGCAGCAGGAGCAGCAGCCGCAGCACCAAAAUCCCAAGCAGCAAGAGGGCUCUCAUGACCAACGCUGAUCCCACCAGCAGCAACAGCAGCAGCGGCCGCAGCAGCAACAGCAGCAGCAGAAGGGGUAGCACAGACAGUUUGAGCGAUGGCAGCAGCUGGAGUUUGCUGCGGCCUUCAGACCGACGAGUAAAUUCGAAGGCUAUAAAGAAAGCCAAAUAG